AUGGCAUUCCUCUUCGGCAAGAAGAACAAGAAUGUGGACAAGGCCAUGAAAGAUGGCUCGGGAGGUGUCGCAGGAUCACAAACCUCAUUCUCGACGACGGCGAAUGGGCGGGUCAACGAGAAGGGCGCCAGCCAGCAGUCGUCAACGCCAGGAAGCAGCGUCAAUAAUUCCAUCACGUCGCUCCAAGGAGGUGGAGCCGCGACACCCAGUCCCGAGCAAGUAAACGGACGGCGAGCUCCCAUUGCAGAACAGGCGCAAGACCUUCCGUUACGGAACGGCUCUGCGCCCGCGGUUCAAUCGAUGAAUUCAAAUCCUAAUGCCUCGCUGUACCCGUGGUCGGUGCGAAAAUUAACAUACACCACAUCGCAUCCGAGCCCCUUCCCUCGAUAUGGCGCCGCCGUUAACUCGGUGGCCUCGAAAGAGGGCGACAUCUACCUCAUGGGCGGUCUCAUAAACAGUUCUACAGUGAAGGGUGAUCUAUGGAUGGUCGAGGCUGGAGGGAACAUGGCUUGCUACCCAUUAGCAACAACGGCUGAAGGUCCUGGUCCCAGAGUAGGACAUGCGAGUUUGCUGGUUGGGAACGCUUUCAUCGUAUAUGGAGGCGACACCAAGAUGGAGGACGCAGAUGUGCUGGACGAAACGCUCUAUCUGCUCAACACCUCAACUCGACAAUGGUCAAGAGCAGUACCCGCAGGACCUCGACCGUCUGGACGAUACGGCCAUUCCUUGAAUAUACUGGGCUCGAAAAUCUACGUGUUUGGAGGUCAGGUCGAGGGAUACUUCAUGAAUGACCUGGUUGCAUUUGACUUGAACCAGUUACAAGUUCCAACAAACAGAUGGGAGAUGCUUAUCCGGAAUAGUGACGAUGGAGGGCCUGCGGUGGGCCAGGUACCGCCUGCGAGGACAAACCACUCCAUUGUGACCUAUAAUGAGAAGCUUUAUUUGUUUGGUGGAACGAAUGGCUUUCAAUGGUUUAAUGAUGUU